AAGUACUUUUAGAGUAAAGGCAAUAUAACGUAAAAAGGUUAUGUUACAAGAAUGAGUGUUGUUAAUUUAUUGUCAAAAUUUUCACGAUUAUCUGUGUGCAAUCUAUCUAACGUUCGAAAUAUAUCAACAUGCACCAGUCCAUUAUACUUCAGAGUCAGCAGUGCGCUUCUUGGAGAACCAUUAAAAAGGAAGAAACGGUUAGAUCCUGCAAUUAUCAAGGCAAGAUUGGAUAGGAAAAAGAAAAAGAUUGAGAAACAAAUUCGUAGAUUAGAAAAGGUUGCCAAACAAUUGAAACCAAUCAGUGAAAUAGAAAUACCAUUUAAAUUAGUAGAUGAAAGAAAGCAGAGGCUGCGAAAUUCUUCACCAUUAUCAGCAGAGGAAGUGGAAUCUAGAGUUUUAUUACAAAAGGAAUGGAAUAGAUAUAAAAAUAACCAAUAUUUAGCUGAUUUUCAGACGAUAGAUUCUAUGUUAUAUUCACAACAAAAAGCACUUGAUGAACUUAGAGCAGAGUCAGAAGAACUAUAUCAAGAAGCAAUACAGGUGGAUUUAGCAUUUUUACCUUAUGUGGUCAAAGGCCCAUUAAAAACACCUCCAAUAGAAAAUUACAACAGUCCUGAUGGAGAAUAUGUAAACACCACCCGGAAAUAUGAAGGGGAAGAAUGAAAGAUCAAUGGUGUGGUAAAAAGAUGAAUAUUACUCCGUAUUCAGGAACUCGUACAAGAGAAGCGUGUAUUUUUAGAUAAUUCAUCAAAGCUUAAAUUUGUAUAUUUGACAUUAUAUAAACAUAAUAAAAUAGGAAGUGAUGAAAAGUAAAUUUUUCGUCAUGAGAA